AUGCUACAAAGUGGGGACCAGCCUUUGAAGGAUCCAGAUUCAGAAAAACUGCUUACUAAGUGGGAUUCAUCCUCAUCGUUUGAGCUCGAGGGUCCCAGAACUCUAGCUCUUGAACUGGAUCUCGAGGAGAAUGGCCUGCCUCAAGAUAAAAAAGAAAUUCAGGGAGAGAGUGUGCGUGGAUGGCGAUGGGUCCUAUAUGUUACCGCCCUUGCGUCUGCUAUGUUCUUUUACUGCAUCGACAAAAGCGUAACGACUAUUAUUAUCCCAAUUAUGGUCAGCGAACUUGGGGAAGCAUCGAAGCUACCGUGGGUAUUCGUGGGUUUUGGUCUAGGAGCAUUGUCUCUUAUUCUGCCGGUUGGGCAGUUAUACAGCCUCUAUAACGCAAAACACCUCUAUCUAGGAUUUCUUACGACGUUCAUUCUAGGUUCCACAUUAUGUGGCGCUGCAUGGAGUAUGAAUACCCUCAUUAUUGGUCGAGUUCUUGCCGGCGCAGGAGGUACCGGGGUCUACACGGGUAUCAUGACUAUUCUCACAGCCACGAUAGAUGUAAAAGAGAGACCAGUGUAUUUGGGCGCUAUUGGACUUUUUUGGAGUAUUGGGCGCAUACUUGGACCAUUAAUUGGUGGCGCCCUGGGGAAAACUGCCUGGAGGUGGGGAUUCUAUAUCAACCUGAUCGUGUGCGCGCUUUUCACACCGGUCUACAUAUAUCUCCUUCCAAACAUUCACCCCUUCCCAGGCGUGCCACCCCUAGUUCGACUUCGAAAAUUGGAUGCAUUAGGUUGGAUCCUGAGCAUUAGUGCAAUAGUCUCACUUUUUACGGGGGUGAACUUUGGUGGCACGCGGUUCUUGUGGAACUCCGCCACGAGCAUCACCAUCUUUAUUACUGCUGGAGCCUCGCUUGUUCUAUUGGCUUUCCAACAAGGCUUGUGUAUCUUCACGAGUCCGAAAGACCGUCUCUUCCCGGUCAAAAUGCUGUUCAUACCAGAAGCCUGCUUGAUUUUUGUAAUCAGUGCAUCAAGCAGCAUUGCCGGGUUUGUUCCAACCAAUUUUGUUUCACUUUAUUUCCAAUUUAGUAGAGGAGAUAGCGCGUUGAUGGCGGCACUACGCUUGCUCCCUAUGAUUUUUGCAAUGUCGCUAGGGUUGUCGCUGUCGGGAUAUCAGAUGCCAAGGAUUGGGUAUCUCGAGUUCUGGCCAAUUGUAGGAAGUUUGGUUGCACUUCCAGGGAUGAUUUUAAUGGUUCUACUCAAACUGACUACAAAUCCUUUGACCAUUUAUAUUUCCCAAGCGCUGAUUGGGGCUGGAAUGGGUACUUAUAUACAGAUCGGCUACACCCUGAUCUUGCCAUAUACACCCGAAUUUGAAACCCAAGGAGCUCUAGCUUUCAUUAUUAUCUCACAAACUGGCGCUAUAGCUUUUUCUCUCUCUGUCUCUAGCUCAUUAUUCACGAACAUUGCUAUUCAGGGAUUAACAAAAUUGUUGCCGAAUAGCUCUAAAGAAGAAAUUGAGCGUGCUUUAUCGGGCCAAAGUGGUAUGUUCUUUGAUAUUGUACCAGCGCACAUUCGCGAUACGGCGCUCGGUGUACUGGUGUCUGCAAUGCGCCCAGCGUACAUCUAA